CCCACGGCUCAGGGCAGCUGCCCGCAGCUCCUCCCCGCCCCAUCCCCGCGUCCAGGAUGCGGCCGUGGCUCCGCGCACCCGAUCCGUGGGGCUGACCCGGUUGUAGGAUCGUGUUCCCGGUCCCGGCAUCGCGUUACGGGCGCUCGGUGGGCGCUGCCCAUCCAUAAUUCAGCAGCGGCAGCGCGAUGCGGCGGGCGGGCAGGCGCUGCAGGCAGGCCCGGGAGGACGGGCCCAUGGAGAACGGCGUGGGGCAGGAGCCGGGGGUCUCCGAGCCGCCCCCCGCCGACGGCACCUCGGCCCCGCGGCCGCCCCGCGCCCGGCCCCGCCUGGUGUUCCGCACCCAACUGGCCCACGGCAGCCACACGGGGCGCAUCGAGGGCUUCACCAACGUGAAGGAGCUGUACGGGAAGAUCGCCGAGGUGUUCGGCAUCUCCCCCACCGAGGUGAGGGGUCGGUCGGGGGGGCCGAGGGGGGUGACGCCCGUCCCGGGCUCGUCCCCAGCGGCGGUGACGGGUUCCCGGGGGCAGAUCCUGUUUUGCACGCUGAACACGCACAAAGUGGACAUGCAGAAGCUGCUGGGGGGGCAGAUCGGGCUGGAGGAUUUCAUCUUCGCUCACGUCCGCGGGGAAACCAAAGAGGUGGAGGUGACCAAGACGGAGGAUGCGCUGGGACUCACCAUCACCGACAAUGGAGCCGGAUACGCCUUCAUCAAGCGGAUCAAGGAGGGGAGCAUCAUCAACCGCAUCCAGACGGUGUGUGUGGGCGACAGCAUCGAGGCCAUCAACGACCAGACCAUCGUGGGCUGCCGGCACUACGAGGUGGCCCGAAUGCUGCGCGAGCUGCCCCGCGCUCAGCCCUUCACCCUGCGCCUGGUGCAGCCCAAAAAGGCCUUUGACAUGAUCGGGCAGAGGACGCGGAGCAGCAGCAAGUGCCCACCUGAAGGCAGAGUGUCCACUGGGAAGGAGACGCUGCGACUGCGUGCACAGGGCCCGGCCACGCUGCAGGAGGGGCCCAGUGCCGUGGAGGAAGAGGCUGCGCGCCGCGUGGACGACCUGCUGGAGAGCUACAUGGGCAUCCGUGACUGCGAGCUGGCUGCCACCAUGGUGGAGAUGGCCAAGUGCAGCCCCACGGCCGCUGCGCUCGCCUGCGCCCUCGACUCAGUGCUGGGAGAGUUCGCCUUCCCCCAGGAGUUUGUGGCCGAGGUUUGGGCAGCCGUCUGCAGCCCCCAUGGGGGGCAGGAGUAGCUGGGGGGCGGCCAGAUCCCCCCCUCCGUGUUACCCACCUGGGGGUGCCGGUGCUGCU